AUGGAUUCGGCGUGGUGUUCGUUUGUGAUGCCGUCAGCAACAACGUCCACGAGCGUCAGCACGUUGGCCCACGAGUACGCUAAAACAGGGCCCGCUGUCUCCGUUGCCGGGUACCAUGCUAUACACCCGGUUGUGGCGGUGCUGGAAGCCAUCUUUGGUCGGCCAACUCUGAAAUGGUCCUGGACGGCCGAGUUGGUGGACAAGACGGUAAUCCCACUGCUGUUCAUCACCGCCAUCACGUCCAUCGUGUCUGUUGGGUACGGGAGCGGGCCAAUGGGCAAUUGUGCUGUGCUGAGGAUAUUCGAGACAAGUGUUCUGGACUUGGUUGCAAACCCAAGAAACACCCGGCUAGCUUGGUGGUAA